UGUCGUUUCUAAACGCGUUUACCAAACGAAAAAAAUUCGAAGUUAUAUCAUUUUAACGUCGUUAGAAAACGCGUUCAACAGAAACGCCAGAAAACGGUUAAUUUAACGGUCGUUAGCAAACGCGUUGUCGAAGAACGCGUUAUUCUAAACUUUUGAACGACAAAAAGCGCGUUUAAACGGCUCUUUUAACGAUCGUGCGCUAACGCGUUUAUAAAUGGCUGUUCGCUAACGCGUUCCGGAAAACGCGUUUAAACGACAAAAAAAACGCGCUGGUUUUGAAACCUUUAACGCGUUUUCUGGUCGUUAAAAACGAAAAAAAACGCGUUUUUUGUCAGUUUUAUUUUAGAUCAUCAGUUUUGUACUUUCUUUAUUAUAGACUUUCAACUAUUUUUAGAUCAGUCCCACUGGGUAGCCAAGUCUCACCUUUGGCUUUACCAAAAUUUUCUAUUCUCACACGGUUUUAUUUCGUUUUUAACGAUCAAAAAACGCGUUAAAUGUUUCAUCUGAAACGUGUUUUAGAACGUUUGAAAACGCGUCUUUUGUACGUUUUUAACGCAAAAGUAACGCGUUCUCUAACGCGUUGCGAAAUUCCGAAAAACGCCUUUUCAAACGAAUAGAUAAAAGAAAAACGCGUUUAAACGACAAAAAGAAACGCGUUGGUUCUGAAACCUUUAACGCGUUUUUUGGUCGUUAAAAACGAAAAAAAAACGCGUUUUUUUGUCAAUUUUUUUAUCCCUGGGUAUAACAAGAACUUUCGAAUGGUAUAUAGCAGUGACACAAUGAUAUUAAACCCACAGAAAUCAUCCAUUAGUCAGCAUGAUAUCGUUAUCCAACAUCUCUGUUCUAGAAAUUCACAAACGGAAGGCUUCUGACAUACAUCUGCUAAGCCUUCAUAAUGCACAAAUUAAAAACUUUUAACAAUUUCAUAAUAUCCUCAAGUGUUAGCCUUGGCAGUGUGCAAAAUAGUCACUUAUAUUUACUUUAAUUAUUUUACAUGAAAAUCUCUAAAAUUUACAAUAAAAGUUUCAGUUUAAUUCCUUUCCUACUAUUUUUUCAUGGUUUUGUUAGUCACACCAUUCGAAGUUCAGGUUCGAAAUCAAAUUUUUAUUUCUUUAUCCUUUUAUUUAGAAUUUCAACCGGAUAAUAUUAGAUCAAAAUCUGCUGCGGCAGCCGGAUUAUGUGCGUGGGUUAUUAAUAUUGUCAAAUUUUAUGAAGUCUACUGUGAAGUUGAACCCAAACGACUAGCUCUAGAAAAAGCAAAUGCCGAGUUGAAAGCGGCUCGAGAUAAAUUAGAGAUUGUUAAUAAACAAGUGGCGCAAUUAGAAGAAGCAUUGGCGAAACUAACAGCUGAGUAUGAUACAGCCAUGUCCGCAAAACAAAAAUGUCAAGAGGAAGCUGAUCGUACAGCAUAUACAAUAUCAUUAGCCAAUCGACUCGUCGGUGGGUUAGCCUCGGAAAAUGUUCGAUGGCGUGAAGCUGUUGCUGGUUAUCGGCUAUCUGAAAACACGACGCCUGGUGAUGUUUUGCUCAUAACAGCAUUUGUAUCCUAUAUGGGAUGUUUUACAAAAACUUAUCGUGUCGAUUUAAUGGAAAAUUAUUGGAGACCAAAAUUAUCCGAAUUGAACCCUCCAAUACCUGUUACUGCCGAGAUCGAUCCGUUAACAUUAUUAGUCGAUGAUGCGGUUGUUGCUGGUUGGAACAAUGAAGGUUUACCAUCAGAUCGCAUGUCAACUGAAAAUGCAACAGUUUUAACGUGUUGCGAAAGAUGGCCUUUAAUGAUUGAUCCGCAAUUACAAGGCAUAAAAUGGAUUAAACAACGUUUUGGUGAACGUAUUAAAGUCAUUCGUCUUGGACAAAAGCAAUAUCUGGAUAAAAUUGAGCAAGCAAUAAUAGAUGGUAGUGUAUUGUUACUCGAGAAUAUUGAUGAAUCAAUUGAAGCCGUAUUAGACCCAUUAUUGGGAAGAAAUACCAUUAAGAAAGGAAAAGCAAUUAAAUUAGGAGAUAAAGAAAUUGAAUAUCAUCCAGGUUUUCGUCUCAUAUUACAAACAAAAUUAGCUAAUCCACACUAUAAACCCGAAAUGCAAGCUCAAACAACAUUAAUUAAUUUUACCGUCACUAAAGAUGGUUUAGAAGAUCAAUUAUUAGCUGAUGUUGUAGCUAAAGAACGUCCUGAUUUAGAACGACUGAAAUCAGAUUUGACGAAACAGCAGAAUGAAUUUAAAAUAACAUUGAAAAAAUUAGAAGAUUCUCUUUUGGCUCGUUUGUCAUCAGCUGAAGGCAAUUUUCUGGGAGAUACAGAAUUGGUGGAAAAUUUAGAAAAUACAAAACGUACUGCAACUGAAAUUGAAGAAAAAGUCAAAGAAGCAAAAGUAACAUCGAUUAAAAUUGAUGAAGCUAGAGAAUUGUAUCGACCAGCUGCUGCCAGAGCUACAUUCAAAGUUGUAUUUGCAUCUGCUAUCGAACGUGCUGAACCAGAUGAAGAUGUUAAAAAACGUGUAUUGAAUUUAAUCGAUUCUAUUACCUAUUCGACAUUUAUUUAUACUACACGAGGUCUAUUCGAAAAACAUAAACUCAUAUUUACGUCACAAAUGGCAUUUCUGAUCUUACUUGUUCAAAAAGAAAUUGAUAUGAAAGAAUUAGAUUUUCUUUUACGUUUUCCGAUUGUACCUAAUGUCACAUCACCUGUAGACUUUUUAAACGAUUUCUCAUGGGGCGGAAUAAAAGCCUUAUCACAAAUGUCAGAAUUUACAAAUCUCGAUCGAGAUAUUGAAGGCUCAGCUAAACGAUGGAAAAAAUUUGUUGAAAUGGAAGCGCCAGAAAAAGAAAAAUUACCACAAGAAUGGAAAAAUAAAACACCGUUACAAAAACUGUGUAUGAUGAGAGCACUAAGACCAGAUAGAAUGCUCUAUGCCCUAAGUUUAUUCGUUGAAGAAAAACUUGGCAAACAAUUUGUUGAAAAUCGUGCAGUGCCUUUCACAAAAUCCUAUGAUGAAACGACACCCAGUACGCCAGUAUUCUUCAUUCUAUCACCUGGUGUGGAUCCAAUUAAAGAUGUGGAAGCAUUAGGAAAAAAAUUAGGAUUUUCAUCAAAUUUGAAAACAUUUCAUAAUAUAUCACUUGGACAAGGUCAACAAGUUAUCGCGGAGGAAGCAAUGGAUAUUGCAUCAAAAGAAGGACAUUGGGUCGUGUUACAAAAUAUUCAUUUAGUUGCCAAAUGGCUACCACAAUUAGAAAAGAAAUUGGAACAAUGUGCAGAAAAUAGUCAUGAAAAAUUUAGAAUGUUUGUGUCAGCUGAACCAGCUGGUGAUCCAGCUGCCCAUUGUAUUCCGCAAGGUAUUCUUGAGUCGGCUGUCAAAAUUACGAAUGAACCUCCAACAGGUAUGCAAGCUAAUUUGCAUAAAGCAUUAGAUUUAUUCAAUCAAGAUACGCUUGAAAUGUGUGCAAAAGAAACGGAAUUUAAAUCAAUUCUAUUUGCUCUCUGUUAUUUCCAUGCAGUUGUUGCUGAAAGACGUAAAUUCGGUGCUCAAGGUUGGAAUCGUAAUUAUCCAUUUAAUAAUGGUGAUUUAACAAUCAGUGUUAAUGUAUUGUACAACUAUCUUGAAGCAAAUCAAAAAGUACCUUGGGAGGAUUUACGUUAUUUAUUCGGUGAAAUUAUGUACGGAGGUCAUAUUACAGAUGACUGGGAUAGACGAUUAUGUAAAACUUAUCUUGAAGAGUAUAUGAAUCCCACAAUGUUUGACGGUGAACUCUAUUUGGCACCCGGUUUUCCAAUUCCGCCUUCAACAGAUUAUAAAGGCUAUCAUCAAUAUAUUGAUGAAUUUUUACCUCCGGAAAGUCCAUAUUUGUACGGUUUACAUCCAAAUGCUGAAAUUGACUUUUUAACAAUAACAUCCGAAAAUCUAUUCAAAACGGUAUUAGAAAUGCAGCCACGAGAUGCAGGUGCUCUCGCUGCAGGUGAAGGUCAAGCAAUGACAAGAGAAGAAAAGAUUAAAGUGAAAUUGGAUGAAAUCUUAGAUAGACUACCCGAUGAAUUUCCUGUCCGAGAAUUAUAUGCUAAAGCUGAAGAAAAGACUCCAUAUACCGUUGUAGCAUUGCAAGAAUGUGAAAGAAUGAAUUUAUUAACUCGAGAAAUGAGACGAUCGUUGAAAGAACUCAAUUUAGGAUUAAAGGGUGAAUUAACAAUAACAGCUGAUAUGGAACAGCUGCAGGAUGCUCUAUUUCUUGAGCAUGUACCAGCUGCAUGGACAAAACUUGCUUAUCCAUCAAUGUUUGGUCUUUCUUUAUGGUACAGUGAUUUAUUAUUGCGUAUUAAAGAAUUAGAAUUAUGGACGGGUGAUUUUCAAUUACCCGCCGCUGUAUGGCUAGGUGGUCUGUUUAAUCCUCAAUCAUUUUUAACAGCUAUUAUGCAAACAACAGCAAGAAAAAAUGAAUGGCCAUUAGAUAAGAUGUGUUUGUCGGUUGAUGUAACAAAAAAAACGAGAGAAGAAUUAGGUGGUGCACCACGAGAAGGUGCCUAUGUACACGGUCUGUACAUGGAAGGAGCACGAUGGGAUACACAAACUGGACAAUUGAGUGAAGCAAGAUUAAAAGAGCUAACACCAAUGAUGCCCGUUGUCUUUGUCAAAGCAAUACCAGUCGACCGUCGUGAAACCAAAAAUAUUUAUGAAUGUCCUGUUUACAAAACAAAACAGCGUGGUCCAACAUUUGUUUGGACAUUUAAUUUACGAACAAAAGAAAAAGCAGCAAAAUGGGUAUUAGGUGGUGUUUGUUUAUUAUUAGCCGUGUAG